AUGGCGAUGGGGGUUCGUGACGGUGAUAGUGCCAUGAGAUUCUUUGAUCAUUUCAUCAUGUUUCGUAAUGCGGUUACCUCAUCAUGGAAGAUAACCGCCAGGGCCAGUUCGUUCUGGAGUCAUGUGAAGAUGGGCCCACCCGAUGCCAUUCUUGGAAUCACGGAGGCAUAUAAAAAAGAUAGUAAUCCGAACAAAGUCAAUUUGGGUGCUGGAGCUUAUCGUGACGAUAAUGGGAAACCGUUUGUUCUGCCUUCUGUCAAGGAAGCUGAGUCUAGAAUGUUCUCCCGGAAUAUGGACAAAGAAUACGCGAGCAUUGCUGGCAUUGCGGAGUUUUGUGACCUGGCAGCCAAGUUAGCUUUCGGCAAUGAUUCCAAACAUAUAGAACAAAAAUGUGUAUGUUUUUCGUCUUAUGAUGCUGCCUUUUAG